AUGGCCGACCUCGAUGCCUUGGGCGAGCUGAAAAACCAGCAACGGCCUACUCGUCGCUUCGAGAAGACCUAUGGCAAGAAGAAACCCGCCAUGGCACAGUCUCGCGCCAUGCACUUCGACCUGUUCGGUGGAGGAGAUGAGAACAAGAUCGUGGACGAGAUGGAGAAACUGACGAUCAAAAAUGAUAGAAAAGAGAGAGUCGAAUCCGUUCCGCCUGUGCAAGAGUGUCCUGUGCCUGCCAAAGUACAUCCAACAGAACACAACCCACGGCUUCGAGGACGACGCAAAGCAACAACAUCGAAGAGAAUGGCGACCCUUACCCAAGACAAGAUGCAAGCACUCAAACCUUUGCUCUCGCUGGUCAAUCAAGAGGUCCAAGACUUCCAGGAAUUCGGCCGAAGCAUGGGCAAGAAAUACAUUUGCACCAAACUCGGCGAAGGGGCCUUCGCCGACGUCUUCAAACUCAAACCCAAAGACAUCGACGAAGCCAUGCAAGUGUACGAACGAGGCGGCCUUGUGAUCAAAGUCAUCCCCUUCACCGUCGACAAAAUCGAUGACGACGACAUUGGAGAUCUGGAAUCUGUCACCCGAGAAGUCAGAAUCUUGCAAACACUCGACCCGCUGCAUGGCUUCGCUCGCUGCAGAGGAGUCCAUGUUGUCAGCGGCAAGUAUCCCGACGUCCUCCUUGACGCAUUUCAAAUGUUCAAAACAACACACCCUCUCACCGCAAUCAACCCAGAUCCCACCAAAACUGCUCCUGCCGACCAACUGUACGUCAUCAUUGAGAUGGACGACGCUGGGACGCCUGUGUGGAAGAUCGGACGCCCAUCAGCAUUCCAAGCGUUCGAUAUUUUCUGGAAGACGGCGAUGGUACUGGCGAAUGCCGAAGAGAAGGUGGAAUUUGAACACCGAGACUUACACAACGGCAACGUCUGCUACAAGCCACUCAAGAGGAACGGGCCCGGCGAUGUCAUCCAGGCGGUCGUCGAAGACAUGUUGGAGGAACCAGAAGUGACACUAGGGCUCUCGAAUCUGCAGGUUACCGUCAUCGACUACACCCUCGCCCGAGCCAAAGUCGGCAAUGAUUCUGAAGGCGACCUCGUCGUGUUCGACCCAAUUCAAUAUUGGGAAGAGAAUGACGCCGAAGGCGAAUCAGAAUCAGACAAGAAACAGUACGACACGUACCGCAAGGUGCGGGAUUGGGCGAGGGGAGAGGAAGCCAAGGCGAAAGCCGCGGCGGAACUGGACGGGGCCGAGUACGAGGAGAGAGACAAGUACUCCAGGUUCCUCCCAAAGUCCAACGUCAUGUGGUUGGGAUAUCUGGUGGCCGACCUGUUGAUGAAGAGUGCCGGGGGGAGGGGGGCGAGUCUGCCAGGAAGCAGCAGGGCGGCCAAGAGGCUGCAGUUGUACAUGUGGAGGACGUUGGAGGAGGUUGACGUCUAUGUCAACGGCAGCUCUCCGACCCUGAUGCCGGAGAGCGCGGGCGACCUGCUGGCCACGGCGAUGGAGAUGAAGUGGCUGACACUGGCCGACAUGGCAGUGUUCAGAGAGGAGCUAGAGGAGUAG